UGGGCACAGGUGGGUGGCACUGGUGGGCACAGGUGGGUGGCACUGCUGGGCACAGGUAGGUGGCACUUCUGGGCACAGGUGGCUGCACUGCUGGGCACAGGUGGGUGCACUGCUGGGCACAGGUGGGCGGAGCUAGUGGGCGCACUGCUGGGCACAGGUGGGCGGAACUUGCGGGUGGCACUGCUGGGCACCGAUCAUCAGGGCACUGAUCAUCAGUGCCCUGAUGAUUGGUGCCAAUCCCUGCUCUGACAACUGCCGGUUCUCGGCAGUGCUUUCCUCACGAUCUGACAGCGUGAGGAAAGUGCAGUCGAGAACCGGCACUUGCAU